UAUUUAUGAUGAUCCUCAAUGCAGAAAGAGCCUGUUGAGUUUUUAAAUUUCCCAACACAAAGUUGGCCAACAACCUCCUACAUUAAUUUCUCUUCUUGCAUUAUGACACCCAAAAAAAAGGCUUCAAGCACUAUAAAAAAUGGCUUGGAAUAGCCCCAUUUCUCCUUUGUAGAAAUAAAAACCAAUGGGAAACACUACUCAAAUCAACUUUGUGUUUUUAGCUUUCAUCUCCUUUUUCUCUCUUUCUUAUUCUUUUCCUCUCUCAACCAAUGGGAGAUGGAUUGUCGAUUCCGCAGGACGUCGAAUGAAGCUUAUGUGCGUGAAUUGGCCUUCUCACACUCAGAGCAUGCUAAUUGAAGGCCUUGAUCGUAGGCCGUUGAAAGAUCUUGCUGAUGAGGUGGUGCGACUGAGGUUUAAUUGUGUGAGACUUACAUAUGCAACUCACAUGUUUACUCGAUAUGCUAAUAGGACAGUUCAAGAGAAUUUUGACCUUCUUGAUUUGAAGGCGUCCAAGAUGGGGUUAGCUUUGCAUAAUCCGUUCAUAUUGAACAUGACUGUUUUCAAUGCUUAUGAAGCUGCGGUCGAUAUACUUGGGACAAGUGGUUUGAUGGUUAUAGCUGACAAUCAUAUUAGUCAACCAAAAUGGUGUUGCUCUCUUGACGACGGAAAUGGUUUUUUUGGAGAUCGCUAUUUCGACCCAGAAGAAUGGUUGGAAGGUCUUCGUUUGGUUGCCCGACGAUUCUACAACAAAUCAAAUGUGGUAGCUAUGAGCCUACGAAACGAACUCCGAGGCACAAAGUCAAAAUCAAAAGAUUGGAACAAAUACAUGACACAAGGAGCAACAACAAUCCACACCAUAAAUCCGAACAUCCUCAUAAUCAUUUCAGGUCUAAACUUCGACAACGACCUAAGAUGCCAAAGACAAAACCCCUUGCCACUAAACAACCUACAUAACAAGCUAGUUUUUGAAGUACACUUAUAUUCCUUCAGUGGAGAAUCCCAAUCAAAGUUCAUUAAUAAUCCUCUCAACAAAAUAUGCUCAAAGAUCAUCAAUGGGUUUGUGGAGAGAGCUGAGUUUGUGAUGGAAGGAGCUGAGGCAGUUCCUUUGUUUGUGAGUGAGUUUGGGUUUGAUCAAAGGGGAGUUAAUGAGGCUGAUGAUAGGUUUUUGAGUUGCUUUAGGGCUCAUCUUGCUAAGAAAGAUUUGGAUUGGGCAUUAUGGGCUUGGCAAGGGAGUUAUUAUUAUAGACAGGGCAAGAUCGAACCAGAAGAAGUGUUUGGAGUUUUGAACUAUAAUUGGACGGAUGUUAGAAACCCUCAUUUUUCUCAAAUGUUUCAGCUCUUGCAAACCAUGUUACAAGAUCCAAAUUCCAAUUCCUCAAACACUUAUGUAAUGUACCAUCCACAAAGUGGGCAAUGUGUCCAAGUAAAAGACAUGAUGGAUAAGCAAAUUUAUCUCAACAACUGUUCCAAUGCAAGCCAUUGGAGUCAUGAAGGAGAUGGGACUCCAAUAAUGUUGGAAGCCACUAAUUUUUGUCUAAAAGCCAAUGGAAAUGGGCUUCCACCAUCACUUUCAAGUGAUUGUUUUGGUGAGCAAAGUGUUUGGACAGCCAUUUCAGACUCUAAGCUUCAUUUGGCAACACUAACAAAACAAGGGAAUAAUGGUUUGUGUUUAGAGAAAGAGAGCUCAAAUUCAACUAGGAUUGUGAUGGGGAGUUGUGUUUGUGUUGGUAAUGAUUCUAAUUGUUUGCAAGAUACUCAAGCUCAAUGGUUUGAACUUGUUGUUACAAAUACUUGGUAAUUUUUUACAUGGAGAGAAAAUGAUGAAAUAAGAAAGAAAUCAUUUAGACUCAAUUAUUGUUCAA